AGGCGCAGAGACCGGAGUCGAGCACAGCUUUGCCAUUUGCACAGGCAGCCUUCAGAACAGGCUUGCAAGAACAGGGCUGGCAAGCGGGCAGGCAGGCUGAGUGGCACCGACACCAUCUCGGGGCUGGAAUUGUCUGGGAAGGACGCUCUUGAGCUGAAAAUCUUCCCUUGAGACGACACGGACUCACUGCCUGGAGAAGCAUCCUUGAUCUUUGGGUUACCUGCUACGGUGUUGGCACAUUGGGAAUUAAGAUGGCCUCAGUGGACUCGCGCUUUGGCCACAAGGACUCCUCGGACCAGAACUUUGACUACAUGUUCAAGCUGCUGAUCAUCGGGAACAGCAGUGUGGGAAAGACCAGCUUCCUCUUCCGCUAUGCUGAUGACUCUUUUAGCAACUCCUUUGUCAGCACGGUGGGCAUCGACUUCAAGGUCAAGACCGUCUACCGGAAUGACAAGAGGGUGAAGCUGCAGAUUUGGGACACCGCUGGACAAGAACGAUACAGGACCAUCACCACUGCUUACUACAGGGGAGCCAUGGGUUUUAUCCUUAUGUAUGAUAUCUGCAAUGAGGAGUCCUUUAAUGCAGUCCAGGACUGGGCAACUCAGAUUAAGACCUACUCAUGGGACAAUGCUCAAGUGAUCUUGGUGGGGAACAAGUGUGACAUGGAUGAUGAGAGGGUGGUGGCAGCCGAGAAAGGGAAGCAGCUGGCUGACCAGUUAGGUUUUGAAUUCUUUGAGGCGAGCGCCAAGGAGAAUAUCAAUGUGAGGCAGGUGUUUGAACGCUUGGUGGACAUUAUCUGCCUGAAAAUGUCGGAGAGCACCGAGACUGACCCUGCAAUGGUUAGUGGAACUAAGAACACCCGGUUGACCGAUAACCCACCACCCAUGCAACAGAAUUGCUCCUGCUAGUGAUGUGCACUCACCUUUGACCUGUAAACCUUAAUCGUGUUGUCCACCCCCUCCCCUUUCUUUCCUUUUUUAUUUUUCUUUUGAAAAGAAGGAGGCUGGGAAUUGUGCAACCCCCCCUAUGGUCCCAGUAUAUGUAGCUCAACAGAAGGUGUACGCCAACCCCCAAGGGUCCGCAAUAAAUGAUGCCACCAUGGCCACAGCGGAGUGGAUCAACUGUGUGAAUGUGAAGGGAGAGAGAGAGAGAGAGGUGUGAUGGUAUAGUUCAGGUGGGCACUGACAAGGCUAUUUGGCUGGAGCACCCUCAAUGUCUCAUUCCCUGUGAAGAAAUCCACUCGAACAUGAAGUCAGUGCGUACUGACUGAAGAUUGGGUGGUAAGGAGACAUAAAAAGUGUUCAGCCUAAUAAACUUUUGGCUUGUCUUCCCACAAUUUUUUAGCUACUCCCACUAAAGGCCAGCCCUUGCACAUUACCCCGUGAUCUAUCCACAAACCUCCACUGUGGUCUUAGAGGCCAACGUUCUUCCAAAGUGGACAGUUACUUGCCAUCUGGUUGGUUCUCUUCUGUCAACCCAGUUGAGUUUUGAUCCUGUUAAUGGCAAACACAAAAAACAACGUAAUUAAUAACCCCCAUCUCCCAAGCACCAUCAGUUUAUUUUGGAGCAAGGUGUGAAAGAACGGUUCAAACUAAAGAGCCCCAUUGGAUACAGCAAAUAAAGGUUCACCCAAAAAUAAAAACACAAAUGGUGGGGAUGGGGGCAGUUGGCAAAAGCAAUAGAAAACUUGCUAAUUGGAUGCUAUUAACAGAGAGAGAGAGUGCGUGAGAGAGAUAGGGGGUCUACUUGGCAGUGGAGGGUAGGGGAUAAGCAGAAUCAUUACCAGUGCCGACUUCUUGUAAUGAGCAGCACCUAGUGAGCUGGCAGCAGUGGGUCCAUUGCACUCCCUAAAUAAAAAGAGAUGGUGAGAGGUGGGCUCUGCAAAGACUUUGAUCAGCUCCGAAAUAAAGCUACCCACUGCUGAGUACCCCACAACCAGCAUAUAAUGCUGCUAAUUAACUUCUGUCUUUCAUCUGCUGCUGUCAGUCAUUUAUUUUCAGGACCCUGGCUACAAAUCAUUCUGAGGUGGGAUCUGUGUUGAGGGGGGGGGGUACAUUGUUUAUGUGACCCAACACAAAAACCCUCCACUGGAGGUUGCUGAUUUUAUUGUGUAUGUUUAAUGCAAAUCAGAACAAGCUCCAUCCCCCCAUAACAAGAGGAUCUGGGGGAGGGGGCGUAUCUAUAUGCAAAUGUGACCUUUACAUGUCCCAUUUAUUUGUGUCUUUGGCAUGUGAUGAUGUGAACAUGUAAAAGUACGUGAGGGGCCAACAAGCAGCUCCAUCAGUGGCCACUUUGAACCGUGGCCCUCCACACCCCCAGUUGUGAAAGUGUGCAUAAGCUCUCAUCUAGAAACAUCUAGAGAAGCUGCCCUGAACCAGAGGCACUUAAAACACUCUCUAAUAUUAUCAAGGUUGAAAUGGUCUUGGGGGGUGGGGCAUAAAGCAAUUUUAAAUUAAAUAUAAUUAUGAAUAUACAAAUAUAUACAUCUGUGUGCUUCUGUGCCCUAGAUCACCCCAUGUGUGUACAUAUAUUUGUGACUUCACCUGUUUUUCAGAGGGCUAUCUGACAGAUUCUUUUAAGUCUGGCAUUUUCAAUCCUAAAAGAGGGGCUGGGGGAAGAGCAGGGUACCUCAGGGAAGAAAUGUGCCACCUAGGUGUUUGGAAGCAGUAACAGAAGAUGGCGUGAACCCUCUGUGGUUUACCAUGCAAGCAGUGGACCAGUUUAACAAUUCUUUAUCAAAGGCUGACCAGUAGUAUUACACACCCUUUGGUCCCUCAGUGGAAUACAAGUCAUCCAGUAUGUUAACAAGCUUCAUUCUAAUAGGCUCCCAGGUCAGAUCCUGCAUAGGACACUGAUAAUGUGACUUUCAGCCAAGACACCUGACCCGCUUGUGCCAACCUUACCAGUCAGUAAGAGCCAGUAAAAGAUGAACUUUUGAAAUUAGGAGGCUCCCAGUUCAUCAAGUGAUCCUAAGCCAAGUCUCCUCAACUUCACGGAGUUGCCCCAACAGCUAAAUGACAUCAGUGGGUCAACUACUGAUACCCAGGAGGUGAAGGGUUAGAUCUGUUGAGUUCUAUACACUGUCACAAUUUUUCCAUGAAUUCCAGAUGGAACACUUAAUUAAAUGGCUGGUGGUAGAUAUUUUUCAGACAUUAUAAAAAAGAAGUCAGACACCAUGCAGGAGCAGUUUUGCCGAUGACAAUUCGCAUAACCAAUUGCUUUCCUGUUUAUCCUCUAGGCGAUACAACAAAUUUUUUUUUUUUAUAAAUCAGUUCAUCAUGCUUUUGUGACAGGACGGCAAGGGAGGAAAGGGGUGUUCCUGCUGUCAGUAUCAUAGGUAGUUGUGAGCUGUUAAGUAGUGAGAACGGGACAGGACAGGUCUUUGUGUCUGCGUCAUAACCAAUCACUUUCUUCUUCACUUUGUCCUAUAAAAAGAUGGAAUUGGUUGGGGGGGGGGCUGGCUAGGGUUAGGGUCAGUGUAUCUGCACACCUGCCAUAAUCAAUUACUGUCCAGUUUACUGCUACAGAGCAUACACCUGCAUUAUAUAACCAAUCACUUUCUAGAUUACAUUGUGUUGCUAGGAGAUCGAAAUGGGAGUGGGUAGGUCUGUGCUCCUAUCAUAACCAAUCACUGUCCAGUCAUAUGCACUUGUGGUAAUGGGGCUUCACGUGUAUAUGACAACCAGUCCAUAUAAUUCAACUAAACUGUGCUUUAUUCAAAUAAAUUCACUUUAAUGCAUUGUCACCAUACCUUACAGUUCAAUGAAAAGCAUCUGUUGGUCAUUCCACCGGUGCAUAAACAUGCAGCAACAAUACCAUAUUUAGUACAAUGAUUCUGCAGACACAAAUUAUAUAUUU